GCUCUAUCAGAUUCUGGGACGUCAUUACGUCCGGAGCGACGUCCCGUAUCACAAGCGACGCAGACUGUAGGAGGAUGUAGCUCGGACGUGGCUAACACUUAAGUACAUGAAAAAAAGGAUAAUCGCACCAUAAAAACUCAAUCCAGGAUCUGUUAUACCAAAUGUUUCUGAAUUCUUUCUUUAUUUGGAAGAAAAUGACUUGCUGUUGCUGAAUGGCAGAUUUAAAAGACAUUUGUGACUGAGGAGGCUGGGGGUCCCAGGAAUGUACCAUGGGGUAUGACGUCACCAGAUUUACAGGGGAGGUGGAUGAAGACCUCUUGUGCCCGAUCUGUAGUGGGGUCCUAGAGGAGCCAGUCCAGGCUCCUCACUGUGAACAUGCCUUCUGUAAUGCCUGCAUCACUCAGUGGUUUGCCCAGCAGCAGAUUUGCCCGGUGGACCGCACAGUCGUGACCCUCGCUCACCUCCGGCCAGUCCCCAGGAUCAUGAGAAACAUGCUCUCCAAACUCCAGAUCAACUGUGAUAACGCAAGCUUCGGCUGCACGGCCACGCUCCGGCUUGAUCAGCUGCAGUCUCACCUCAAAGACUGUGAACACAACCCCAAACGACCUGUCACCUGCGAGGAGGGCUGCGGUCUUGAAAUGCCCAAAGAUGAAGUCCCCAAUCAUAACUGUAUCAAACAUUUGAGGAGCGUCGUGCAGCAGCAACAAACCAAGAUUUCAGAGCUGGAGAAAACCGUGGCAGAACAUAAGCACCAGCUGGGAGAACAAAAACGGGAUAUUCAGCUGUUAAAGGCGUACAUGAGAGCGAUCCGCAGCGCCAACCCAAACCUGCAGAACCUGGAGGAGAGCAUCGAGUAUAAUGAGAUUUUGGAAUGGGUGAACUCCAUGCAGCCGGCCCGUGUCACUCGUUGGGGGGGCAUGAUCUCGACUCCAGAUGCCGUGCUCCAGGCGGUCAUCAAACGCUCCCUCAUCGACAGCGGCUGCCCCCUCUCCAUCGUCAACGACCUCAUUGAGAACGCCCACGAGAGGAACUGGCCUCAGGGACUGGCCACACUCGAGACACGGCAAAUGAACAGGCGUUACUACGAGAACUACGUCGCCAAACGUAUCCCCGGGAAACAGGCUGUCGUGGUGAUGGCCUGUGAAAACCAACAUAUGGGAGAGGAUAUGAUUCUGGAGCCCGGCCUGGUCAUGAUUUUUGCACUCGGCGUGGAGGAGAUUUUAUAACUGUAAAUCUGCAAAUGUUUUCUGGGGACGAUGCCUGAGUAGAGUAAUAAAAACAUUAAAAACUGACGAACAAAUCUGACGUUUUCAAAUGGAAAUGGAAACACAAGGAGAUAUACAGUACAAGCUUGAUACCGAUAAUAAUGGUAGGCCUGUCACAAUAACACAUUUUGAAGCAUGAUAUACUGCUAAGUAAAUGAAAAUGAUAAACAAUAAUAUUUAAAAGAAUUGUGCCACUGACACCAUUGCUGGGUUUCAAAUAACAUCACAACAUUCUGUAGGGCAAUAAUGUUGAAUACAGAUGGGGGGCAGCCAAAAAUUUAUAUUGUCAAAAUGCAGGUUUUUCUUGUAAUACACUGAAUUUGGUGGUCUAGUAAAUAAUGGAAAUUAUCAGGUUCAGCAUUUUCGUAUUUAUUUGUGAGACAUUUCAUGGGAAAGUACAAUGUAAUCAAUAGGGAAAACUGGCUCUUGCCCCCAUCUGGGAGUAUUUCUAGAAUUUGAAAUCCACUAAUAUCUCUAAAGUAGGAUUAUCCCCAAAAAAUAAAAGUAAGAUAUUGUUAAAAAAAAAUAAACAGCAUUGAAUUAAUAGAAGAAAUGAAACACUUAAGUAGUUUGUUUGUGGAAGAAGUUAUUUUUUGAUCCUCUGCAUCUCAAAUCUUAUCAUAGUAAAGAAAAUUAACAAAAAGUCACUCACUACUACAAAGAAAAAGUACCCAUGAUAAAUAUGGACCUCUAAUAUUAACCCUCUAUCAUUUACGGAAGUUGUUAUAGUAAUUAUCGUGACAGGCCCAGAUCGAGAUGUACAUGAUCUUUGCACAUGAUGUGGAGGUGAUUUUAUAACUGUAAAUCUGCUAAUGUUUUACUUGAGGAGAAGCCUGAGCAAAACAAUAACAAACCAAUUCAAACUAACAUUACUUGCAUUCUAUACUGUACAUGAGCAGAAAACACUAUAUGAUAAUAGCAUUUUGAAGAAUACCACAGUUUCUAUACUUCUUUAGAAAGCUUUUGUCGAAUUACAGUUUACAAUCAGGUUAAAACAUGCUUCCAGCCAUGGAGGCCACCUUAUCUUAAAGGGGAACACUGCAUAGGCGCUAGUCCAACCUUAUACCGAUGCCUUACCACAUUUAUACAAUAGGUUUUGUUCACAGUUGAAAUACAGUUACAGUUGAAAUAACAUUAAAACUGUAAUAAUUUCUGAUGCAGGGCAGGGGCCUAUAAAGACUAUGAAUAAUUUACUGUUUUGAGAAACAAAUUUCCAAAUAAUAUUAAACAUAAUGUUUUUUGUUGUUAAUUGGAUUAGCCAAUUUCCCAAAUUAAUAUUGCUUAAAGUAAUGUUUCUAGUGGAUGAUCUGCCACCUGCUUGUCUCAGUGGAGAUCUUUAAUGCUCUGUCUGAAAUGUCCCACAGUACGGAUUUAAACUUGUAUAUCUUGCAUUUAUGUUUUUGUUGCCGAAGUAUAUUUGACUUUUUCUCAGUUGUUUCUAUUGGAAUUAAUGCCAUACUGUGGAACAUUCUUGGCAAAACAAUAAUUUUCUUAACAGAGAUAUUGAGACGUUUCUGCGGACCCUUCACCAGGAAUGAAUCUUCAAAGUCAUUUCAAAUGACAACAAUCAGUCAUUUGAAUAAUUUAGUAAUGAAUUCUGCCCCCUGCCUUAAUUCUAAACUGUUGGCUCUGAAGAAUGUCACGUGAACCAAACCUAUAGACACUCUGAUGGACACUGAUAGAUAAUGAUCAAUUUAAAAGCAGCCAUUUACAGUGUUUUUAGUGCAUUAUCUUAUCUGGAAGUUCGUCUUCGAAUGCAGACCGUAACAAACACAGUCACCUCUUGUGUACAUUCUUGUAAAUAGAAAUACUAUAUUGAAUUAUAACAUUCAAGAUUCAUCUCGCUGUAAAGUGUGAUUUUGAAAUGAUUGAUUCUUUUAAAAAGGUGCUCUAUGUAACUUUUCUGUUAAGAGAGCCGCCACCUGCUUGUCUCCAUGGAGAUCUCAAACCUAUCAAUCUUGCAUUUAUACAUGUACAGAUGAUUUUACUGCUCAAAAAUACCUUGUCAAACCUGCCUUCUUGAUGUCACCUCUCCACAGAGCUGACCUGUAAUGUUGUGUUACCUGCUUGUUUGUACGGAUAUAUUUGUUUAAAGUAAAUACUGUGGAACAUUACAGGAAAAGCCAUGACAUCUCUGUUGAGCCAAGCAGAAAAGUUCCAUAGUGCACCUUUAAUUCAGCCUGUGUUACUCUGCUGAAAAGUUUACUUAGUUGGAGAUUUUUUUGUGUAAAUUUCACACGACUUCCUGCUUCUUUUUAGAUUGUCUGAACCUUCUGUGCCAUUCGUUUGUAUUUAUUGUGUUGCCUUUUACGGAAAGUCGUGUUAAAUGCUUGAAAUUGUCACAGUUCGAUGUAUAGAAGAUGCCUCUAAAAUAUGCAUUCGAAGUCUAUGGGGCUGAUGAAAAAUGUGAUUGUCUAUUUGUUUUUCUGUUGUUGAAGAUUUCAGUUUAUUCUAGGGAUGUAACAAUAACCGAAAUACUGAAAUAUCGUAUUGUCAAAAGCCUCACAAUAAUGUCGUGGGCUGUCACAAUACAUAAAAUUACAAGCUUCUUUGCUUAAAUGUAGAGAUCGACCGAUAAUAGUGUUUGUCAUGGCCGAUACUGAUGCUGAUUGUUUAAAGAGACCAAUUUAGUCAUUUUCCCUGUAAAUAUAUUGAAAAUUGAAAUUACUAACAUGAAUACUGCCUAUAUUUUUGUACUGCACUGCAUAAUUUAUAAUAAGGAAAAAUAAUCUCAGUAGAAAUAUUUUUUAGACACUCGCAACCCUCAUCUUUCUUUAAAAAAAAAAACAAAAAAACUUUAUAAGCAAUUGAUGAGCCCAAAUAUCUGUCUAGGCAGGGGAGCUGAGGCCGAUGGUCAAUACGCAGGUCCAAAUAUCAGAUUGAUAUAUAUCCGUCCGUCUCUACUUAAAUACAUUGUUUUACUGUAGCAAGUGUUUUAAAAGCAAAAAGUAACUAUCUACAAUAUCGCAGUAAAUAUCGUACCGUGAGAUUCGGAUAUCUUUACAUCCCUAGUUGAUUCAUCGCUACAUAUUGACCAUUAUUAAUACAGUUUAAUUUUAUUGUUCAUAAUAGUAGUGUGGCUAUAGAAAAAUGCAUUUACAUUUUCUGUUAUGACUUUUGAGAGAUGUAAUAUUCCACCAUAUCUCAUGUAUACUAAUGGCCAGAUAAGAACGUACAGUAGUCAUCUGGUUAAAAGCCUUCAAAUCAUUCAUUGAAUAAAUUUGCAUUGUGCCCUUUGUUGAUGCUCUCCAGGUAAAGUUUUCAUUUGUUUUGUGUCUGUUAAUAUUAUGUGAAGGAAUUAAAUGCUCAAAUGUUAAUCAAA